AGGGAGGGCGCGCAGUCCCAGCCCAGAGCUUCAAAACAGCCCGGCGGCCUCGCCUCGCGCCCCAGCCCGUCCGUCGGUCCAGCCGCCUGCGCCCGCAUCUCUCUCUGUUUCUCUGGACUUUAAACGCAACCCCUCGCCCCACCGUGCCCUGUGAAAAUGUUGGUGCUCCUGGCUUUCAUCAUCGUCUUCCACAUCACCUCUGCAGCGUUGCUGUUCAUCGCCACCAUUGACAAUGCCUGGUGGGUAGGAGAAGAGUUUUUUGCAGACGUCUGGAGAGUGUGCGUCAACAACACAAAUUGUACAGAAAUCGAUGCCAGCUAUAAGGAUUAUUCCACGGUGCAGGCGGUCCAGGCCACCAUGAUCCUGUCCACCAUUCUCUGCUGCAUCGCCUUCCAUGAUCUUCGUGCCCAGCUCUUUCGCCUCAAGCAGGGAGAGAGGUUCGUGUUAACCUCCAUCAUCCAGCUCAUGUCAUGCCUGUGCGUUAUGAUAGCAGCUUCCAUUUAUACCGACCGGCGUGAAGACAUCCACAAGAACAACGCGCAACUGUAUUCGCUGACCGCGGACGGCAGAUAUGGCUACUCCUUCAUCCUGGCGUGGGUGGCCUUUGCUUUCACCUUCAUCAGCGGCCUCAUGUACCUGAUAUUGAGGAAGCGCAAAUAGGACACCCAGAGCUACGUGGCGUUUACUGCAGUACAGAAUCCACAUUCAGAUAACCGUUUUGUAUAUAAUCAAUUGUGUGUGUGCGUGUGGUUUUUCUAGCAAACAUAUCGUUUCCUUUAAAAGCCAAAAAAAAAAAAAAAAGAGAGAGAGAGAGAGAGAAGAGUUUUUGCAUUCUUGAGAUCAGAGAGAGAAUAGACAAUGAAGGCUGGAACCCAGAACUCCUGCCCGUCCAAAAGUCGCGAGACGACAAAGCCAAAAAUCCAGCCAUGCUCAAAUCCAAACAUGUUCAGUGGGAUGUUUCUAGACCGUGGCGAUGUGCUGUGGUGUGAUGUGACGAGAGACCAAGAACGCCAGGUCUCGGGGGACGUCCUCCCCCCCAGGCUGGAGCCUCGCCGAGCACCCCCCUCCCCUCGGCCUCCCCUCCCCAUUCUGUCUGUGCUGGUGUUGGAGGUGUGGUGAGGGGGGGUCCGGGUGAGGGAUCGAGUCUCCUCAGAUGUUUAGCCAAGUUCUAUGCGAGAAACAGAUGUGUAUCCCCUGCUGUUCUGUCUGUAUCCAGACCAGAGCCCAAUGGUCCUGUGAGGGGCUGGGUCCAGAAAGUUCCACCCACGUUUGCUGACGAUGUCAGGUGGUUGCCUUAGGGAAGGUGAACUUUAAGGGGGGUCGGGCUGAGGCUUACCCUAAGGCGGAGAAUCUCAGCGUGUGACCCCCGCAACCUAGUAAGGUGCAGACUGCCGGGGCCCCUCCCUGGACCUACAGAAUCAGUGUCUUCAGGGACGGGGCCUGGCAACCUGCAUUCCUAACAGGCUCCUCGCGUUGAAGCCGAGGACCACAGCCCCAGGGCCGGGUGAGCACAGCUGCCUCGUCACGAGACGUAAAGAUCUUGUGGUGAGGUGCUGGCCGCCACCGGCCUCUGUUAGCUCUUGUCUCUUCCACAGCAGCUCACAUGUGGGUCAUCGUCCCAACUGUGCCCAAGCCAGUGUCCAGACAGCCCGAUGGCCUAAAGGUGCUGCCUUCUUCCUCCUGUAAGUAGGAAAGUCUGUCCUGCCUUCCGAGGCCGGCCGGCCUCCGCUAACCCCCAUUUCCAGAGCCUCAGCGGGCCCACCCGCCGUUCAUUCAUUCAGCAGCAUAAAUCAUGGAAUGCUUGGUACAUGUCAGGCCCAGGGCCCGCCGAGUGGGGACAGUCUUCUCAGGGGCUCAGCGUCCACUGGAAAAGGCAGAUUAAAAACUACUUAGGAAAACUAAUCACGAACUAUGACGAAGGCCGCAGAGAACACAACCCAGGUUCAAGAGAGAGAGGCCCUUGGGUAGGGGGGAGCCUGCUGUAUGCUUGCCUAUUUUCAAAUGCUCCUGGAGGCACUUAGACCGGCAGAAAUAUCACUCUGGUCUGCCACACAGAGUGCCUUUGUCUCAUUACACCCCAAGGACACUUUUGUGGAGGGUCCCAGGGUCCCGCCUGCAAAGGCAGCCGUGACAGGCUUCCGGAUUGCCGUGGCUCCUGGACAUCGGUGUGCACGGUGCCGCCUGGGGAACGUGCUUUGGUAGGGUCCGGGGGACGAGCCCGCCAGGGGCUUCCGAGGCUCUCCUGCAGAAGGGCCGUGGGGAGUUUGUCCUUGGGGUGAAAGCACAGUGUGUGGCAGGUGACCCCAGGAAGUGCCUCCUGUAAGAAGUUCUUCGCCCCUCACGGUCUGUACCCUCUUGGAUUUUGGGCAUGCCGCCGGGGACAUGUGCCUGGGGCCCCGCGUGGGACCCAUCUGCCGCGUCUCCGUGCUGGCACUUUGACCUUCUGCUAAGUGGAGCGAUGACUUGUCAUAGCCUGGUUCCCGUGGAGCUGGAAGGUGCCCAGGCAUGGUCUUAGGGCCACCGCGGACGCCAGUGCAGGAUGGGCUUUUCUCUCCACCCACUCGCUCGUUUCUUCGUUCAUUUUCAACAGCGCAUUAAAUGCUUACUAUGUGCCGGGCACUGUGUGGGGCUCUCAAAACACAGGGCGAGCAAAUUCAUUUGAGGUAGGAACUCCCUCCUCGUGGAGAGGCCACCAGCACAGCGACAAGGGACAGACACGGGGAAAAACUGUCACCUCUUGCUUCCAUGGAAAACCCGUUGUAAGAGUGUGGGCCAUACCUCCCGGGUUUGCAAGAUGCUACAUGAGCCUCAAGGAGGAAGGUGGGUCUGCGUGCCCCGGGGCUUUCUACCCAGGGGGCUUUUCUAGAAUGUUCUAGCAGCCACAGUGGAAACAAACAAAAGUCUUAGAGCCCCAAAUCUGGAAAGCCUGCUCCCCAGGCAGGGUGUGAAUUUCCCUCCCCAAAUUUGAGGGGUACGUGAGUGUCUGAAACGACCCCCGUGGAUUUUCCUGGCUGGUCACCCCUCCUGUGGAGCACGUUUGGUGUCCACAUCCAUCUGUGAUGCUCUGGUUUUGUGAAACACGAGAGGUGCUUUCUCCCCCGCGUGGUGUGAUGUGUGACGUGCAUCGGGAAAGUAAGGUGGUAGCAGGAGGAAGAAAAUGCCCAACCUUCCUCGCCCUAGACAGAACCAGCCCUCACUCGGCGCUUAGGGUCAGUUAUUCAAGGACAACCCCAAUGGAGAAACUUAGCUGAGACAUCCAGGAAGCAACGACUAGGACCAAACACAUGACUCGUAACAACUGCAUUUGAAGGGAGUGUAGUUUGCGCAUUUUAGGACAUUUUUAUAAAGUACUGUAAUUCUUUCGUGGAGGGGCUAUGGAUGGAGACAGAUUAACUUGUUUUGUUAUUUGCAUUAAAAUUCCUUUGGGUCUCUGUUCA